AUGGCAGUGAGGCGUAAACGUGUAAAGGCGGCUGAGUUAUUGGCUAAAAAUUGCAUUAAAAUAAGACAUAAAAAAUUGGAUUGUUUUUUGAACACCCUGCUCCACGAUGCUGUUCGAUUGGGACAGCUUAAAGUUGUUAAAAUACUUGUGAGUAAAGGUGCUGAUGUAAAUGCAAGCAUUAGAAAUGGGAUGACUCCUCUUCACAUUGCAACUAAACGUGGAUAUCUCAAGAUUAUGGAUUAUCUUCUACGUAAUGGUGCAGAUGUGAAUGCAAGAUGUACAGGACCUUAUUGUGUUAGAUUUACGCCCCUACACUUCGCUUGCGAAUCGAAAAAUCUUAAAUAUGCGAAAUUAUUACUAAAACAUAAUGCUUCUGUUAUUCCAACAAACAAUGAUGUUCAUCCGAUUCAUAUUUCGGUUUGUUCUCUUUAUUUAAAAAUGACUCAAUUGUUAUUGGACUAUGGCGCAAGUAUGGCUGUUAACAAACGAUUUCAUUUGGAUCAUUUUCAAAUCAAAGGUUUUACAAUGGGUUUCAAUGCUCGAGGAUAUACGAGGAGAGAAGAAGCUACAGUACGAUACGGGGAUGACAAUUUAACUUUAUUACACCACGCAGUUACUCGUCAUUCUAUACCUAUGGCAAAAUUAUUAUUGGCAUAUGGAGCAGAUGUAAAUAUUUUAAGCAAUACUGGUUUAUCUCCAUUGUCAGAUGCUGUAGUAGACCAUAAUAUUCAAAUGGUUAAGCUCUUAUUAAAAAACGGAGCUCUUGUAAACUACGAUUUUGAUGGCUGUAAAAAGAUAGUAAUAAAAAAAGUUAUUAAAGACCGAGACGGUAUAAAUAUAUAUUAUUGUAAAUCACAGUAUAAUUUAGCCGAUAAAAAAUUAGAAAUCAUCAAAUUACUAAUUGAUGCAGGAGCUAGCAGCAAGAGCUAUCCAGUCUGUCUUGCUCUUUUUAAUGAAGAUCUUAUAGAUGAAACUCCAGAGAUUGCCAAUGACACAGAGUAUAUCACAAAACGGAAGCUCGAAUUUAAAGAACUUCUAUACGACUUGUUAACAGAUUAUCAUUCGAAAUAUUUUUUAGGUUUCCCGGUAGAUAUCGAGAGAAGUUAUCAAGACUUGAUUAAACGUACCAAUUAA